AUGGACCACGAACAUCAUCACCAUCAUCAAGAACCUUUUGAGGAUGGCUGGCAUGAAAAUGGUGGAUACAAUCCUCAUCACCAUUCUCCAGUGCAAGACUACAAUGGCUUCAGCAGUUAUGCCCCGCUGUCCAUGGAGCCCAUCUAUGGCACCAGCAUGCAUCCACCGCACCCGUCACAUCCAACGCCCAGGACGACACAUCCACAUCUCCAACCUUUGAUAAUGCCACAAUGGCCGAGCAUGUUGACCAGCCAGUCGACAUAUCAACCCACUCUGUUCCCAUCGGCGCCAGUACCGAUAACACCGGCAUCAGCAACUCCCGUCUCGGCAACUUCAACGCAUUCGCGUGCGUCGUCCACACCACGCAAAACACUCACCGACUCCGAUCGUAGACGGAUGUGUCUGUAUCAUGAAGAAAACCCAACAGUGAAGCAAACUGAGAUUGGAGCAAUGUUUGGCGUCGAGAGAAGUACUGUUUCAAAAGUGCUGCGCCAAAAGGAGAAGUACUUGUACCAAGACGACGGUAGUCGAUCACCUAUCAAAAGAUCCAAAGGCAAAUUCCCGGACAUCGAGAGAGCGCUUGCAAACUGGGCGAGAAACCACCAAAGGCAGGGUCUGCCCCUGACUGACGCGAUCAUCCGAGACAAGGCGCGCUUUUUUGCACAGACUGUGGGCAACUCGGAAAGCCAUUUGAAAGCAAACAGCACCAGCUGGCUCGAAAAGUUUAAGCAAAAGAACCACCUCAUGGGAGCAAGAUCGAGGAAGGGCUCAAUAGCAGAAGAAUCAGAAGAUGCUUCCAAUCCGCCCUCUAACUCGCAGACUCCUGGCGCUACCUCUCCUACUUCUCCAGGCGGAGUUUCACCUGCAACCAUGGCAACGAAGAAGAGUGAGGAGAACCUCAAGAAUGACAGCCCGAACACCUAUGACUUUCCAAAACGACGACCCUUUCAUUCGCUGAGUAGUACCUCGUUGUCCAGUGUCUUCACGGAUACAGCACCGUCCACGUUCUCGGCAGGCCCAACAAGCCCGACUUCGCUCUCGUCUCCCUUCUUCACACCAGAUUCGGCAUGUGGCCCUAACCCUUUCAUGGGUAAUCGCCCGGCUACCAGUGGACACCCAGGAAGUGACAACUUCCAAAGACCACGGAGCCAGACAUUCCCCCUAUUGGUGGGCGUAGAACAAUACGCGUCUCCAGAUGUGCUUACUUCAAAAUAUAUCAGCGGUAACGCUCUCGACUCACCCAUGGCCGAUAUGCCUGGCUCUUUAGCUGUCAUCGAUGAGGCAAUGUCUGCGUCGCCAUCACAGAUAACUAGUUCAAUGCAACCACCACCCAUCCCGAAUGGUUUGUGUGUAAUCUCCGACGACAAAGAUUCAGCCACAGACUCUUCACCUGUCACACCAUCUCAGGAGGAAGCUGCGCGCGCACUUGAACUUGUCUGGACUUUUUUCCAGUCUCAAACGGCAGACUUCGUUGUCGAGCCCCAAGAAUACCUCGCGAUCGGUAAGCUUAUGGAAAAGCUUCGAAUCAAGCGCAGUAGUGAGAGCCUCCCAAUGGGUAUACGUCGCGGAUCGGAGCCCGACUUUGGCGCCAAUAUCGCUGAGAGCGUUGAUGUUCUUCACUAG